AGAAAAGUUUAAAUUUGUAUUUAAAUAGUUCUUUCAAUCGAAAUAUCGCCGCAGUCGAUAUUUUUUUUUCAAAUAUUUUUACCAUGGACAAGUAUUUCUACAUAUUACUCCUAAUUUCAGUGACACGCUGUCGGGGACAACUUUCUGGUUCAGGAUCGUCUUGUCCAGAAGCAACGCUGGUAUGCAUAGAAGAAAAUGAAAUUUGCUUCCGCGGUAAUAGUGAUUCUGUCAACUGUUAUUGUCCAUAUGGCUUUAAGGGUGACAACUGCGAGGAACCAAUGACCGACCUUAUUGACGAAAAGUGUGAGCUACCAGACAAACCAGGGGAUUUGUGCGACUGAUUUGAACUCACAAUCCAAUGUACAAAUAAUGAUUGCCAAGAGUCCGAAAUUUGUUGUUCAAUUGGAUGCGGGACAACAUGUGUAGUUAAUCCGGAACUUAAGUGUACAACAAAAAAUGAUUGUAAACCAAAUCAGGGAUGUUAUAAAAUUAAUCAGGAAGAUAAUAUCUGUUUCUGCGCGUUUGGAUUUGGAGGCGAAGAUUGCAUGGAACACCAAAAAUUAGAUCAACGAUGUCCAUUUCCGAAUGAUAUCAUUGACGUUUGUGAAGAUAUAAAUAAGGAAGAAUGCGUAGGACAUGAAGAUUGUCCAUCGAAACACAUAUGCUGUGUAGCGCCGGACGCCUGUUCGACCACUUGCUUACCGAUAGGAUGUGAAAAUGCCGAAGAACUCAAAACAUGUACAGACCAGAAUAAGCUAUGUAUAAACGACGACUCUACCGAUGUAUACAGUUGCAUAUGCCCGCAAGGAUAUGUCGGUACGAUGUGUGAAAUAGCAUUGCUCGAUGAACGUUGCGAGUUUCCGGAGGUUACUGGUGAUACAUGCCUUGAAUUUGAAUAUCCAACGACAUGUACAAAAAAUGAAGAUUGCGAAGGUGAUAAAUACUGCUGUUCAACAGGAUGCGGAACUCAGUGCGUGGACCCAGCAGAUUCACCUCCCCGCAAGCCAUUAAAUCCGUUGUUGAUUGCUCUUGCCUUAUCAAACCGUGGGCGUCAAACUCCUGUAAUUCCUGCACCAUAUGUACCUUAUUGUCCACCGAACCUAUGCGGUCAACUAGUUUGUCCCACAAAUGUUGGAGCAAGAUGUCAACCGAUCAGGGGACGAUGUGAUAUCCAUUUUUAUGACCAGUAUACCAAUCAUCUGAUUACACAGAAUUGUCCGUGCAACAGAGGUGCUCAAGAAUUCAGUUCUUGUUUUGCCAACAGUUGUUCUGACAUAUAUGGCAGACCAUUGGUUUGUCGCGGAAAUCCUAACGCAAGAUGUCGCGUAACAAGAUGUGGAUUCUGCUUGGCAUAUUGGAUUGAUGAACGUACCGGACAACGUGUUCAAUGUGCCAAUGAGUAUUAAAGCUCACAGAUAUCUCAAGUAUCUGUCAACGAUAUAAUGAUUUUCUUGAAUUUUUGUUACUUUCCUCACUUUAAAAAUGUUUCCUCAUAAAGGUUUUCAGUACAGACAAUUAAAACCUAGGAUUUCUACAUAUUAUCACGCAGAUGUGAUUUACAAGGAUUUGAACUGGAAAUCGUACUUGCUGCUACCUGUGAUGUAACUUUAUAAUUUCACUUACGUGCUGCAGAAAUAAUAACGCAGAUUCUGAGAAUAUAUCAUGUUAGAUUUUGAUUUUCCUCUUCUUGGUAUAUCGAUCAUCUUGCUUGUAUUAAUAUCGAGUUGAAUGAUUUGGGAUUCAUAUAUAUAACAAAUCAGAUCGUUAAGAUUUAAUAUAUUAAAUAAAAUUAACCAUACAA